CUGCAACUCUCGCAUUUACGCCGCUCCCGCUCUAUAAGAUAAUUUUCGUUUUCAUGCUUAUAGAAAUUUUGAUACAUAUAUACACCUAAAUAUUUCUUUUUUCUUUUUUGAACGAUAAAAAUCUGACAAUGGCAGCUGAAUUCCAUCGUAAAACAGCUGCUUUAUUUGAAGAAUUUAAAAAGAGAGAACUUCAUUUUUUGAAUACUGAGGUGAAUUUAAAUAGCACUGUGAGUUGGAAAAACAGUAUUGACUCACCUCUCCAAGAAUAUUUGCAAAAAAUAAAUAAAAGAGAGCAAGAAACUGAAAAGAAUUAUAAAGAUUUGAUGAGACAAAUGGAAGAAUUAGGUAAAAGAACUGACCAAAUGACUAUGAAAUUGGAGAAACUUAAUGCAUUAAGAAAUGUGGCUCUAAGCUCAAAUAUUUCUACCUGGCCUACUACUGAGGACACUUAUGAUAGGCCUUUCCAGUCUUACUACACUAAUACUUUAUUUCAGACUACUCCUAGAAUCUUAUCUUCAGGAGCUGCAGGUAGUAACUUUCCGUCAAGAAUUCAGCCUGACAUAUCUGUCAGUAAUCAUUCAUUUCUGCAUUCAUCCUCUAAACCUAAUUAUAACUCAGUAACUACUCAAACAGAGUAUAUUUUUUGUGAUAAUUGCAAUUUUCCAUUGAUUCUGAAUUCAGAUAUGCCAGUUUCAAACUUAAAUUUUUCUUCCAAAACUUCUAAUAGAACUAUUAGCAAAGAAAGUGAACAGAAUCUAUCUCAUAAUUUUGCAGGAACUCAAGAAAAUGUAGAUUUUCCAAGGGAAACUGUUGUAACAAAAACUAUUAUAGAAAAUCGCAAGUCAAUUCCUAAAUCAAAUUAUAACUUUUCUGAUGCUCAAGUAAAUGAUCAUGAGGAUUCUAUGUUCAUGAAUGAAAGAACAUCAUCUGGAAUGGCAGAAGUCAGUUUAAAAGAACAAGAAUUAAUAAAUAGACAUUUAGAAAAAAGAAUGUCCAAGAAUUAUAUUGAUAAUACAGUUACAAGUGAAUUGACAAAUGAGCCAGUUCAAAAAAGAAUGUCUGAAGGUUAUAGUGAUAAUGUAGUUACAGAUGAAUUAACAAAUAUGUCUGUCCAAAAAAGAAUGUCAGAGAAUUAUAUUGAUAAUGUAGAUAUAGAAGAACCAGAAAAUGUACAAUUUCAAAAAAGAAUGUCAGAGAGUUAUAUUGAUAAUGUAGAUAUAGAAGAAUCAGCAAAUGUACCAGUUCAAAAAAGAAUGUCAGAGAGUUAUAUUGAUAAUGCAGUUACUGGUGAUUAUGUUACUCACACUGAAGAAAAACAAUAUGUUGAAAUACAGGAUAGUGAUUUACUAUCAAAUGAUGGAAAUUUUGAACAGACGAUUUCAAAAAGUGAUGAUGAAAGUAUGCAGCGUGAAUUUGACUUUCUGGAAUCUGAUAAAAGUCCAAAAAAGCAAUCUUUGCAUCAAGUGUCUGCUAAUAAUCAAAUGAUUGAAGGUAUAACCUAUAAUGAAAGAUAUGAAACUAAUCAACCAGAAGCAAACUAUCACACUCAGUCACAUACUAAUCAGUCAUUGAAGGUUCAGGAAAUCUCUGGAAAUGGUAAAAAGAUAGAAGGAGCUAGUAGUAAGGAUUCAAUCUAUAGUACAGGUCUUCCUACUCCAUCUGCUCACUUUGAAAAUGCUUCAAUUGUCUCAGAAUCGGAUAGCCUUUCAGAAGAGACACCUUUGACUGCAACUGCCGCUUACCAAGCAUUGUUAGGUAAUGUCAGUGUCAAUAAACCUAAGCAGAAAAGUGCUCCAAUCUCUGAUUCCGAAACUGAAGAUGAAAUUGAAAAUGCUCUGGCUAAUGCUGUUAGAAGAACUAGUCAUAUUGCGUUUGAUGCAGCUGUCUUAGAUUCAAAGGCUGAGAAAAGAAAAGAAAGCAUUCCAGAAAACAAAACCGAAAAGAAUACAAAACCUAUCGAUUCCAUUUCUUCUACCAGACCUCAAAAUAAACUUUCAAAGAAUACUAGAAAAGUCUUGGGUUUAGAUACAUCGUCUGGAUCCGAAGUGGAAUUAGAAGUAAAAAGCCCUGCCAACAAAAUUGAAGAAGAGAGUGAUGAAUUUGAUUUCUAUGAUUAAUUGGGAGAGAAGUCUACGUAUGUCGAACUAUGUAAAUAAUAUGUUAAAAUAUUAUAAAAUGAAUUUCAAAGAAUGCUGAUAAAUAUUUUGAUUAAAUGUGUCAUUAGUAUAUAA